AUGAAUAAACAAUCAUUGAAUACAAUUACCCCAUUAUUAUGUAUCACAAUACAUAUAGAAAAUUAUAUUGAAUUAUAUAUACAUGAUGAUUAUUCAUUACCAAUAUUAAAAUAUCGUUAUGAACAAUAUUAUAAUAAACCAUGGAAACAACCAAAAAAAUAUAUUAAAACCAAAUUAUUAUUAACUUAUACAUCAUUAAUAUUAAAAAAUGGUUCAUGGUGGCCAUAUCGUUAUGAAAAUAUAAUACAAUAUAAAACAAUACAAAAAAUUAUUUUAUUUAAUCAAUAUAAAUUACAAUUAGCUAUUGGUUUAUAUGAUGAUAAUUAUAUUGAAAAACAAUUUUUAAUUAUAACAAUAAAAAAUAUGAAUGAUAUGGAUAAAUUAAUACAAUUAAUUGAUACACAAUUAUUAAUAUGGAAAUAUACAUUUAAUAAACAAAUGAAUUAUGAUCCUUAUCAAUUUUAUAAAAAAAAAUCAAUAACUAAUAAUCAAUUACAAUUAAUACCAUUCAAGAAUAAAAGAUCAAAUAGAAAAGGUAUAAUGGAUAAAAAUCAAAUGAUUUCAAUGACAAAUCAUGUAAUUGAAUUAAAUUCAUUCAAAAAUACUACUUUGAAUCAAUUGAAUGAAAAGAUUAUGAAUAAAUCAUUAAAUGGUAUAUUAGAAAUUGAUUAUAAUAAUCCACCACAAUCAAAUCAUCAUAAAUCAAUAUUACAUAUGUAUAAUAAUAAUAAUGAUUAUGAUUUAUAUAAUGAUAAAAAAAUAAUUGAAUCAAUACCAAGUACAUCAAAUAAUAUUAAUAAUUAUAAUCAAUAUCGAAAAGAACAUAAUAUAAAAAAAGAAAAAGAAGAAAAUAAAAAUAAAAAAAAUAAAUUAUGUCAAACAGAUUCUAUUUAUAUUGAGAAUAAUAAUAAUAAUAUUAAAUCAUGGGAAGUUGAUAUUAAACAUGUACGUUAUGAUCCUAUACAAGGAAAUAUAUUAGAUGAUAAUGGUUCAGUUUAUUUAUAUUCUGCACAUGAAAUUGAUUAA